CGUGUGUAGAGAUCACUGGAGAAUAAAUAGCCUUUCUCUGCAGAUAUUGCCGCUGGCGUUGGAGUCGAUUCUUGUGUUUGCUGAAAGGAGUCUUGGUACCACUCAGCUCCUAGCGCCGGGGGUUGUGUCGGUCCAGUGAGGUUCUGUGUCAGGGAGGAACUCCAAGCAAGACCAUUCGUCCCAUCGCCAACGCUGCAAUCCCUUUACAGCUGCAGACGGUCGCUUCUUCGAUCGAUCACUGGAUUUUGUUGACUGUCCACUUCCGGUUUAGUGAUGAGUGCAAGUAGUGAUGAAGGACCAAGUCAUAGUGGAGCUGAUAUUUUACAUUCCAGGAAUGAAUACAAGGAAGUACCUUCGAUCGAGUCCAUCACAUUGGACGGAUCACGGGAGCAGGUUAAGACAAAAGACAGACAAUGCCACUAUAAUUCAGACAGACCAAAGAGAAUUGCCCUGAAACUUCUUGAACAAGCUCAAUUAAUAACCAGAGGAAACCCUUCCAUUUACAAGUUCAACCUAGAAAGGGAGGUGUUUAAUCAGUCCGUGCAGCUUGUGAAAUACUCCUUAGGAAAGCCCACCACUAUGCACAAGAUGAAGACAAUUAUGUUGCUGGGGGCAACUGGAUCAGGAAAGACAACCCUCAUCAACGGGAUGAUCAACUACAUCUUGGGCGUGGAGUGGCGGGACAACAUCAGAUACCAGUUAAUACAGGAGGAGACGGGAAAAUCCCAGGCUGAGAGCCAGACUUCCUCCAUCACUGCCUACCAUCUCCACCACCAGGCAGGGUUUAACAUCGACUGCUCUCUGACUAUCAUCGACACGCCAAGGUUCGGGGACACCAGGGGCAUCAGCCGGGAUCAACAGAUCACUGAGCAAAUCCGCACGUUCUUCACUUCCCCACAGGGCAUUGAUCAGAUCGACGCGGUCUGUUUCGUCGUCCAAGCAUCCUUGGCUCGCCUGACCCAGACACAGAAAUAUGUCUUCGAUUCCAUCCUUUCCAUUUUUGGCAAAGAUGUCGCGGAGAACAUUCAGAUAAUGGUGACAUUCGCGGACGGGCAGCGCUCCCCAGUUCUGGAGGCCCUGAUAGCCGACGAGGUACCCUGCCCCAAAGACAAAAAGGGAUUGCCAGUACACUUCAAGUUUAACAAUUCUGCCAUUUAUGCCCAGCGUCCGACCUCUGGUGACGAGGGCAGAUCUGACGACAGCGGGGAAGUGGAUAAUGACUUUAACCUGAUGUUCUGGAAGAUGGGGACAAACAGUAUGAAAAAGUUCUUCACAGCUCUGAGCAUGAUGCAGGCGAAGAGCCUGUGCCUGACCAGAGAGGUUCUGAAUGAACGUAGCCAGCUGGAGUCUGUAGUGGCCGGGUUGCAGCCUCUGAUCCAAGCAGGGUUGACCAAAUAUGAGGAACUCAAGAAAACCCAACAAGUUCUGGACCAAAACCAGUCCAAACUGGAAGAAAAUAAGGAUUUUGAGUACGAGGUCGAUGUGACUGUUAAAGAAAUGAGGAAACUUGGCAGCGAUGCUGAAUUAAUAAACAACUGUACGGUUUGUGAAUACAGUUGUCACGACCCCUGUCCGUAUGCAGGUUAUAUUUUCAACUACUGGUGUACAUCAAUGGACAUACGGGGAAAUUGUGUAGUCUGUCCGGGGAAGUGCGGUGUGCUAAAACACGUGAGGGAAGAGUAUAGGUAUGUCUGUGUAACAAAAAAAGAGAAAAAGACGUACAUUAAACUGAAGGAAAAGUAUGAGAAGGCAUGCGGUGAGAAGAUUAGUCUGCAGAAGGUUAUGGAGAAACUUGAGCAGGACUUUGCUGAGGUGGAGAACACAGUGCAGAAUCUGAUUCAAGAAUUAUCCCAGCGCAAUAGACGACUUGAAGAAAUAGCCCUGAGACCAAACACGUUGUCCACCCCGGCUUAUAUUGACCUCCUGAUUCAGGCUGAGAAAAAUGAGGGGAAGCCCGGCUUCAUUGAGCGAAUUCAGGCACUCACCGCUUUGAAGGAGUCGGCAGCGGUCAGAGAUCAAAUCGCUAACAAUGAGAAGCUGUUACCAGAGUAUUCAAAUGAAGGUGCGGCGGGAGGGAAAAGUACUGGAGAAAAUUUAAAGAAAAAAAUAUCAAACAUGAAGAAUUGGUUCUAUUCCAGUAACUGAGAAACAUUACAACUGUUUUCCAGUGUGUUUCACUCAACCGAUACACAAAUCCUCAUUCUAAUUCCUCGUCCUUCUCCUCCCCCAUCUGCCCAUUGCCUUUCACACCAAACCUUCCUUCCUCGAAGCUGCCUCCUUCUCAACAUAUUCCCAUAGGGCCUUUAUCCGAGGAAGGCUUUGCUGGCAAUAGAGAGGGUCCAGAGGAGGUUUACUAGAAUGAUCCCAGGAAUGAGUGGGUUAACAUAUGAUGAGCAUUUGACGGCACUGGGCCUGUACUCACUGGAGUUUAGAAGGAUGAGGAGGGACCUUAUAGGAACUUACCAAAGCGUGAAAGGCCUGGAUGUGGAGAGGAUGUUGCCACUAGUGGGAGAGUCUAGGACCAGCGGUCACAGCCUCAGAAUUAAAGGACUUUUUUUAAGAAGAUGAGGAGGAAUUUCUUUCAUCAGAGGGUGGUGAAUCUGUGGAAUUCAUUGCCACAGACAGUUGUGGAGACCAAGUCGAUGGAUAUUUUUAAGGCAGAGAUAGAUAGAUUCUUGAUUAGUACAGGUGUCGGGUUAUGGGGAGAAGGCACGAGAAUAGGGUUUCGGACGGAGAGAUAGGUCAGCCAUGAUUGAAUGGUGGAGUAGAAAUCUACGUUUUAAAAAUGUCCAUUGACUUGGCAAUGAAUUCCACAGAUUCACCAGCCAUCCAACAUUCCUCCUUGUCUCUUUUCUAAAGGAACGUCCUUUUAUUCUGAGGUUCUGGCCUCUGAUCCUAGACUUUCCCACCAGUGGAAACAUCCUCUCCACAUCCACUCUAUCCAGGCCUUUCACUGAUUCGGUAAGUUCCAAUGAAAUCUCCCCGCAUCCUGCUAAAUUCCAGCGAGUACAGGCCCAGUGCCGUCAAAUGCUCAUCAUAGGUUAACCCACUCAUUCCUGGGAUCAUUCUCGUAAACCACCUCUGGGCCCUCUCCAGCACCAGCACAUUCCUCUUCAGGCAUGAGUGUUAGGUAUGACGCUAUCUGCUAAGGCGAUAAUUGCUCGCAAUAAUCCAAAUGUGGUCUGACCAGCACCAUAUAAAGCCUCAUCAUUACAUCCCUGUUUUUGUAUUCUAGUCCUCUAGAAACAAAUGCUUCCCCAAACAAAGCUCUUCCCUCUGUGCAAGUGUACAGCAGUCCUAUGUAUCAGCUUUAUUCCCCAUACCUUCUCUACGAUUCACUUUAGGUUCAGAGGCCUGGAAUUACCUGGUUUAUCCCCGCUGCCCUUGUCGAAUAAAGGGACCACAUUUGCUGUCCUCCUGACUUCUUGUACUUCAGUCGUCAAAGUGAACAAUAAGAAUCUCUGCCAGACUCAAAGCAAUCUCCUCCCAUGGUAGUCUGGGCUACAUCCAUCGUAAAUCUCCUCCAAGGUAUAUAAUAUUUCCUUUUGAAUGGUAACAUGUUCUAAGGUUCAAGAAAUGCAAUUUCCUUCCCUUCAGUAAAUACAGAGCAGAGGUCAGAGUGAGGCCCAGUGCAAAUUGGCGGAACAGUACCUCAUAUUUCACUUGGGCAGCUUUUAACAGCGGUAUGAAUUUUGACUUCUCUAAUUUCAAGUAAUCCUUGAUUACCCUCUCUCUCCAUCCCUCCCCCUUCCCAGUUCUCCCACCAGUCUGACCGUCCCCGUAUCUGUUUGUUUUGUUGGCACCAUCUCCUAGCUAACAAUGAUCUAUUCAGUCUGAAAAAACAUCACCCAUUCCUCGUCUCGAGAGAUGCUGCCUGACCUGCUGAGUUACUCCAGCUUUUUGUGUCUAUCUUCGGUGUAAACCCGCAUCUACAGUUCCUUUCUACACAGGGUAGAGGUACUGAUUUCAGACUUCACCUAAACCUGUGGUUCCACAUAGAGAUGGGUCCCGAAUGGGUCCUAUCCUUUUACUGGUUACACAUAAAAUGCUUUGGACCAGUCUUUAAUAUUGUCUGCCAGUGAUACUUUUAUGUCCCUCUUUGCACUUAUAAUUAAUUUUUAAUUACCGCUCUAUACCUCUAACACCAGAAGUAUUCACACUGGGUGGUACAGUGCCAUAGCGGUAGAGUUGCUGCCUCACAGCGCUAGAGACUAGGGUUCGAUCCUGACUACGGGUGCAGUCUGUGCGGAGUUUGCACGUUCUCCUCGUGACCUGCAAGGGAUUUCUCCAGGGUCUCCGGAUUCCUCCCACACUCCAAAGACAUACAGGUUUGAAGGUUAAUUGGCUGCUAUCAAUGUAAAUUGCCCCUCGUGUGCGUAAGAUAGCGUUAGUGUGCGGGAAUCGUUGGUCGGCGCGGUCUCGGUGGGCCGAAGGGCCUGUUUCCCUGCUGUAUCUCUAAACUAAAACUAAACUACAUCUUGUGGUUUUACAUAGAGAUUGGUCCCCAAUGGGUCUUAUCCCUUUACUGGAUCAUCAUAAAAUACUUUGGACCUGUUCUUAAUCUUGUCUGCCAGUAUUACUUUGUAUUGCUCUACUUCUAAUACAAUUUUAUUCCCUUUUACUUCUAAAUACUUCCCCCUUGUAAUUCAAUUCUAAAUAAUUUUUCUCUUCCAAAACCAAUAGGUAGCAAUGUUACAACAUUUUGAGAUUUAAAAAAUCAAGCCUGCAAUUUACCCCAUCAGAUAAAGCAUAAAAAGAAGUUUAAUUUGACACCUAAUUCACUUUCAUAUCUCAAGUAUUUAAAAAGUUAUGGCCAUUUUCAUACUCGGAAAUUAGCAUCUUGUUCCCUAUUGAUUUUCUAUGGACAUAACAAAAAAGCUGUGAUCGUGGACAGUCAAAAGCCCAUAAUCUUCUUAAAAAUUAAGAGAACUGAAUGAAAUUUUCAGUUAUCAUAGAUUGAACUAUAAAAUAAUCUUACUUGGAUGACCUGAAAUUAAAGCAUAUAAUUAGUUAGUUACCCAAUUGUAGCUAAUUUCAAACUUCAAUUACUAGAUCUAAAUAUCUAUCCAUUUCUUAAUAAAUGAUUAACAUUUUUAAAUAGCCUAAGUGUCCAAUUAAUAUUCACAAAUAAUUCACAAUAAAACAUGAUUUUUAAAUCUCAUUUACAUUAAUUCAUAGGUCAAAUGGAAGGAAUUUAGUGUUCAUUUGCUGUAAAUAAAUGCCCAUUUAAAUCAGCUUUCAAGUCUGAUCCUGUGGAACGAGCUGGUUUAGAACGAUCACAUUGCGGUGGAUUUGUGCCCCCAAAUGCCGAGAAAAAUAGUGCGGGAUAUAAUGGGCCCAAAAUAUUAAACUUUGUAUAAAGGGAUCUUAAGAAGCCCUUUUUAAUGUAAAAAUAAACAACUUACCUUCUGUUGUCUGCUGUAUGAGACCCUGCCAGUUGCCAGUGGUCGCAGGUUUAGAGGUUAAUUUUUAAACUACUAUAACAAUUAUAUAAAGCCUUUAAAACUAAUAAUAGCUGAAGCGACUGGGUCUUCCUGCGAUUUUUCAUUAAUAAUUGACUAGGCUGAACAUCCUCGAUUGGAACAGCCUAGAGAAAAUCGCGUUUUAAACCCGCCCCCUCUAAACGGCGCCAAAAUCGCGCACACCCGCAGCGACAGAUUUUCAGCUACGCUUCAGGUAGGCUUUGCAACAUACCUACAAUAGGAUAAAUGGCAGACAUCGGUAGUGUGACAACAAUUAUAUCUCACCUGAACCAGACAUUAUUCUGUCUGAAGCCACAAAGAUUCCACCGAGUGGCGCCUUUCCUUCUUUGUGUUUUAAUUGUAUGUGUUAAAUGUAUGUUUUUAGUGUUCUUUAGUUUGUUUCAUGGGGGGGGGGGACUUUUUCUAGUCUCUUACCUCGACGGGGAUACGAUUAUGUUCCAUAUCGUAUCUCCGUUCACAUACUAACACCGAGGAGUUGGCGGCCUUUGCUGGAGACCAAAUUUGAGUGCUCCUACCGUGGUCGCCUACGGGGCUUUCACAUCGCAGAGCCCGUGUUCCCUUUGCCAUCCAACCGUGGGUGUUUGCGGACUUAACAUAACGGAGCUCGCGGUCUCUGGUCAGAGACUGACUGCGGGAACUCAACGCUGCAGGACGUUCGACCGCCCCAACACGAGGGCUUCGACCGCCGGCCACAGGAGUUUCGAUCGUCCCGAUUUGCGGAUGGUUCAACUGCCCCGACCGAGGGAGAAUAAAGAGGAAGAAGAUUGGACUUAGCUUUGCCUUCCAACACAGUGAGGAAUGUGGAAUCCACUGUGGUGGAUGUUUAUGUUAACCAUGAUGUAGUUGUGUGCCUUGUUGCUUUUUUUCCCUUGUGGGUGUAUGGUAAUUCACAUAUCACUCUACCUUAAUUGGUACAUGUGACUAUAAAUAUCUUUGCAGAUGCUGUAGUUUUGUUUAGAACAAAGUGUUGGCAUUAAUUCAAAGGGUCAGGCAGCAUCUCUGGAAGACAUGGAUAGGCAACGUUUCAGAUUGGGACCCUUCUUCAGACUAAUGUAGGGGAGAGACAGCUGGAAAUAAAGUUGGGGGGGGGGGGGAAUACUUGACAGGCUUUGUCCUGCCCCAUCUCUUCAGCUUCCUCCUGCCUAUUUUGAAACGUUACCUGUCCACAUUCUACAGAAAUGUUGCUUGACCCGCUGAGUAACUCCUGUACUUUGUAUGCUAUGCAUUAUCCUUUCAGAAGUAAUCUGUAACUUUCCAACAGACUAUUGUUUCAGAUGAUACAUUAAUGCUUCCGCAUUUUAAAACAUGUAUGCCUGGUUGACAUUGUAUUGCAAUUAAUAUUUGGCUUAUUCCAAUAGAAACUAAUUUUUGAAUUAAACAUCAUAGAUGCACUUGGAUUAAUUAACGUGUGUGUGUGUGUGUAAACUUUGAUGCUUUGUUGGGAAAUCAGGUUUGUGUUCUGGGAGAAUUGAGUAGAGUCACCAGCAGAUACAAAUCAAGGAGAAUGAACACUCUCUAUUGAGGGAGGACAUCACAUCUUCCCAUCUCCAUCCCGUUCCACCUUCCGCAGAGACCGUUCCCUCAACUCCCUGGCUAACUCGUCACUUCCCAGAAAACCACCUCCUCCCCAGGUACCUUCCCCUGCAAUGCAGUAGAUGCAACACCUGUCCCUGUACCUCCUUUCUCGAAUCUGUCCAGGGACCCCAACGGUCCUUUCAGGUGAUGCCGAGAUUCACUUGCAUCUCGUCCACACUGAUCUGUUGUAUCCGCUGUUCAAGAUGUGGACUCUUAUACAUUGGCGAGACAAUAUGUAGACUGGGCGAUCGUUUCACUGAACACCUUCGCUCAGUCUGCCUGGACCUAACUGAUCUCCCAGUUGCUAAACACUUUAAUUCUCCUUCCCAUUCCCACAUUGACAUUUCUGUCCUAGGCUUCCUCCAUUUUUAUAGUGAGGCUAAAAGCAAAUUGGAAGAACAUCUCAUAUUUUGCUUGGGUUUCUCUAACUUCAUUUCUCUAACUUCUCUAAAUUCACGCAACCCCUGCAUUUCCUCUCUCUCCACCCUCCCCCCACCGAAAUUGCACCAGCUUCUCGUUCUCACCCAACAAACAGCCGACAAUGGCCUGUGUCCUUUAUCAUCAUUAGUUUUUUUUGCAUAUCUUUCAUUCAUUGUUCUAUAUCUCACUACAUCACCAUCUAUCUCUCUCGUUUCCCUUUCCGGCUAACUCUCAGUCUGAAGAACCCCGCAUUUUAAAACAUGUAUGCCUGGUUGACAUUGUAUUGCAAUUAAUAUAUGGCUUAUUCCAAUAGAAACUAAUUUUUGAAUUAAACAUCAUAGAUGCACUUGGAUUAAUUAACGUGUGUGUGUGUGUAAACUUUGACGCUUUGUUGGGAAAUCAGGUUUGUGUUCUGGGAGAAUUGAGUAGAGUCACCGGGAGAUACAAAUCAAGGAGAAUGAACAUUCUCUAUUGAGGGAGGACAUCACAUCUUCCCCAUCUCCAUCCCGUUCCACCUUCCGCAGAGACUGUUCCUUCCGAAACUCUCUGGUUAACUCGUCACUUCCCACAAAACCACCCCUCCCCAGGUACCUUCCCCUGCAAUGCAGUAGAUGCAACACCUGUCCCUGUACCUCCUCUCUCGAAUCUGUCCAGGGACCUCAACGGUCCUUUCAGGUGAUGCCGAGAUUCACUUACAUCUCCUCCACACUGAUCUGUUGUAUCCGCUGUUCAAGAUGUUGACUCUUAUACAUUGGCGAGACAAUAUGUAGACUGGGCGAUCGUUUCACUGAACACCUUCGCUCAGUCUGCCUGGACCUAACUGAUCUCCCAGUUGCUAAACACUUUAAUUCUCCUUCCCAUUCCCACACUGACAUUUCUGUCCUAGGCUUCCUCCAUUUUUAUAGUGAGGCUAAAAGCAAAUUGGAAGAACAUCUCAUAUUUUGCUUGGGUUUCUCUAACUUCAUUUCUCUAACUUUUCUAAGUUCACGCAACCCC